CUUACCAAGCGUAAGCACUCCAAGAGGGAAAAAGAGAAGAGGAAAGCCAGAUCCAAGGCAAAGAAGUUUGGACUGUCAGACUCUGCCUCAGAUGAGUCUUUGUCUGACACUGAGAACAAAACCGAAUCGAGUGAUACUGAGUCCGAGAAGAGUCGCAAGAAGCGCAAGGCACCUAAGAAAGACGCGAAGAAGAGCAAAGGAAAGUCAAAGAGAGAGCCUCGCGCCGAAUCAGGGCAAGAAGAUGCUUCUGACAGCAGUUGA